AUGACAGAGGGGGUCAUUUUAACAUUAGCGAGUGGUAGCAAGAGGGCUGACUGGACAGUAAUGAUAUGGGGUGUAAGUCUAGAUCUGUUGCGGAUCUUUCCCGUAAUCACUGUACCAUCCCUUCUCCCCGAUACCAGUCACUUCCUUUAUACCUGUAAUCAAGACAUCCCGACUAUAUCACAUACAGAGCUUUGGGUUUGGCCUUUCAAGGAAGGGACGACCAUCCGAAGUGGAGGAGGAAUCUUCAUUGGAGUAGAGACAUCCACAUGGAGCUCAAAGAACUCACUAGAAUCGGGCUUUCCUAGACUUGUUGGGUCUUGGUUUGAAAAUUGA